AUGGGUCUCUUCAACGCUGCGCUCCUCGCCUCGGGCUUGGUCGCUUCCGUCCAGGCUGGCAGCGUCCACGCUGCCCACGCCAACUUGCACAAGAAGCAUGUCGACUACCAUGCCAAGCCAUCCGAGGCCGUCAACUCGACUUCGGCCUGCGUUGCCUCCUACUCCACCUACACGACGACCUGGUACGGCGAGCCCACCAUUGUGUGGCCCGUAGUUCCAUCGUCAACCUCGGAAUCUUCCACUUCCACCACCCACGCUGCUCCCACCACCACGAGCAGUGUUGCGCCUCCCCCUGUCUACUCGACAUCGACUUCCUCGGAGAAGAAGGAGGUCAAGCCCAGCACCUACGCCGCGCCCUCUUCAUCCUCAAAGAAGGAGGCCAAKCCCAGCACCUAUGCUGCUCCAUCUCCAACAACAUACGCUGCGGUGCCAGCUCCCUCUACCAAGGCCAAGUCACUGCUUGACAACGUCGUUGAUGCCGUCAAGGACAUUACCAGCUAUGCCGGAAUCAAGCCCAAUGGCGACCAGUGGGCCAUGACCUACACCCCUUACGCUCAAGAUGGUUCUUGCAAGUCCGCCGGUGCCGUUCUGAAGGACAUCCAGGCCAUCAAGUCCAAGGGCUUCACCACUGUCCGCAUCUACGCGACGGACUGCUCUGGUCCACAGAAUGUCGGUGCUGCUUGCGAGGCCGAGGGCCUCAAGAUGAUCCUCGGUGUGUACAUUGACGAGAAGGGCAUCUGCGAGGACACCCACGAGCAGAUCAACACUCUCACCACCUGGGGCAAGGACAAGUGGAGCAUGGUUGAGAUGGUCGUUGCCGGAAACGAGGCCGUCUUUGCUGGAUUCACCACCGCAUCCGCUUUGGCUGCUCUUAUCACCGAGAUGAGGUCCAAGUUCAAGGCUGCUGGUUACACCGGUCCCAUCACCACUACCGACACUGUCGCCGUCAUCAUUGAGAACGCCGAUACUCUCUGCCCAGUCAUUGACGUUGUCGCUGCCAACAUCCACCCCUUCUUCAACGGUGGUUUCUCCGCCUCCGGCUCCGGUGACUUUGUUGUCAGCGAGAUGGCAUCUCUCUCCAAGGCUUGCAAUGGAAUGGAGGCCUACAACCUCGAGACCGGCUGGCCUUCGGCUGGUAACGCCAACGGUCAGGCCAUUCCUGGCUACUCCCAGCAGAAGGCUGCCAUCGACUCCAUUGUCUCCAAGGCCGGCUCCAAGUCUGCCAUCUUCUCCUUUGAGGACGACACCUGGAAGGCUCCAGGUGACCUCGGUGUUGAGCAGUUCUGGGGAUGCGCUUCCUUGUUCGCGGGCAAGGAUUGA